AUGAAAUCCAAUUAAAUGUGUGCCAAAAUUCUGAACAAAACCAAAAGAAAUCUUUCGAUUAUAAUCAAAAUCAAUCUGCUCGAGGUGCGCAAUGCUUGGGGCUACAGUGAGUCGAGAAACGCAUUCAUUUGUCGCCUCGACUGUGCACCUGCUCGGAGAUUGCAUAAUCACAGAGUGCCGAUAAGCUCACGGGCAAGCGGCAAACUAAUCAAAACAAAUGCCAAAUGGAAGCCCACAGUGCGGACACAGUUCCAGUGCCGCGAGAUCUGUCGGUGGGUGAGCAACAUCUGUGGCAGCCUGCUCCGGGACAUGCAUGCCUUAGAGGCAGCCAGCAGUGGCCUGGCCACCACAUCCUAUGUGCCCUGCGUGAACUACACCACGGGGCAGACCAGCGGCACGGACUUCGUGGAGCGUCGAGUGGCGACGCUGGUGGCGGAGCGCACGGCCCGGCGGCAGCUCUUCUAUGGGAUUGAGGUGGUGGCCCUGCAGUCGGGCAAGCCCACCUGCCUGGACUUCAAUCGCUUUCUGCCCAUACUGCCGACAUUCGUGAGCAUUGUCUGGCUGGGCACCGAGUACUGCCACGUGAAUCCCAUCGAUCAGGUGAAGAGUCUGCAGCUGGCACGCAGCCUGGAGUCGCGCAUUGCCGUGCUGCCGCACAUCACCGCCUACUGCCUGUCGCAGGAGCGACUCGAUCAGUUUCUGGCCCUCAACUUUACGAAUGUGCUGCCCAUACGCGGCGACUUGGUGCACGAGAUACAAAACUUUACCUACAGCUGGGAAAUUGUCGAGUACAUACGGAAGCAGCAGGGCGAUAAAGUUUCCAUUUGUGUGGCUGGCUAUCCGGAGGGCUACACCAGCCUGCCCCAGCGCCAGGAUCCCGCCGAGGCCAUGCGGUUCCUUAAGCGGAAAAUUGCCGCUGGCGCUGACUGCAUCAUCACUCAGAUGUGCUACAGCUCCGAGACGAUCAUCCAGUUCAUCAAGGACUGUCGCAGUGCUGGCAUCACAGUGCCCAUUGUCGUGGGUCUGACGGUGGCCGAUUGCUUUCGCACCUACUGCCUGUCGGAGCACAUCGCCGGGGUGCACCUGCCGCCCGAGAAGCGGGAGGAACUGCUCCUCAUCCACAAGGAGCCGCAGCGCGUCGCUCGGUUCUUUGUGCAGCUGAUCCUGCGCAUCAUUCGCGAUGUGCUCGACGCCGAUGUGGGUGUCUAUGGCAUUCAGUUUUUCACGUUCAACAAAUUUGAGCCCGUCUACGAGCUGCUCAAGGAGCUGCGCACGCUCCAGAUACUCAAGGACUAAAUUGUGUUUAACGCGAGGUAAUAAAAUGGAAUUUCAAUAAGUAA